AUGUUCCAAAUGAUCUGAGUUAUAUUUCGUGAUUUUCAAACGGACGAAAUGUCACCCUCCAGGCUGUGAUUACUGUCUAAAGUAUUAGAAAACUUGUCUCUGAGUACAAGGGAUGAGCUCAUUGCUGGUCAAGCAAGAAUGAGAAGAAAAUAAAGCUGCACAGUCAAGUUUCUAAAUUUCCACUUCUUUUUCCUCUUCGAAUUGCGUAUUUCAUACUUAUCAUUCGUUUUGAGUUUUGACAUAUUUCGGUGAACUUCUCAAAGUUCUGUGUCUGACCAAUACUAUAUUUGUUGUUUUAUAUAUAAGAUCCAAUCAUCAUCUAAUUUAACAGAGAAUUUGUCAUAGCUUUCUGUUUGUUUGUUCUCCCUUUCGAUUUCUUGCGUAUACUAAGUUGAAACCUAAUUUGUGGAAUUCAACAACACCCAACAGCUAUUUCAUUCCAAAUUAGCAACAUCUCUUUUUGAAUUUUGAAAAUUAAAUCUCUUUUAAUUUGGAUCUUUAGCUAUUUAUAUCUACUUAUGGGGGAUUGUUGUUAUGGUUCAUGUUUUUUGGUUAUAUGUCGUUGGGUUUCUGGCCUUCUCAUCCUCAUGGGAGGAAUUAUAUGUAUAGUCGUAUUUUUAGAAGUCCUCCCAUAUGAUAACAUGAAGUUUCAUGUCAUUGAUGCUUCCUUAUCAGAGUUCUACUUAACCAAUGAUGAUAUACUUCAUUACAAUCUUGCAGUAAACAUCUCUGUUAGGAAUAGCAAUAAGAUAGAGCGUAUUUCUUAUCAUGCUAUUCGCUCUAAUCCUUCUUGUUAUGGGAAAGAUUUGGCUUCCAUUUCUUUGCCGUCUUUCUGGCAAGGCACCAAGAAUACAACAUUACUUCAUUCUGUAUUUCAGGGACAAACAUCGGUCAAACUACAGGGUACUAAUCUAAGGGAUUUCAAUGAUGAUCGGAGGGAUGGAAGUUAUAGCAUUUAUGUAUAUCUCUACCUUACCACCCGAUUAAAGUAUGCUGGCGGUGGAAAGAGCGGUGGAAGAGAUACUGUAGUUAGAUGUGGAUCAUUCAGGCUUCAUUUGUUGGGUUCUUCUUCUUCCAAUAAUCAAACAGGUUUAGGAGGCUUAUUUCACACUAAGAGGUGCGAUGUAUAUGGAGCCGAUAAUUAACUCCCGUGACCACAGCUUGUUUUUUAUUUUAAAGUGUUGAAUGGCAUAUUAAAUUGUGGAUUGAAAAUUCAUAGCCAAUAUACGUAAUUUGUAUAGCUAUUGUAUUAUUGUGUUGAUAUAUGCAACAUAUUAUUUCAAGAAUAAAAAUAAAUAUGCGAUGUAUAUUACGUUGAUGAUGUUUAUGUAUAAAUGGAAUAUA